AUGGCUUCUCGACGCUUCAAGCUGGUCUUCUUCUGCCCUGCUGAUAAGACCCACCGAGUACUCGAACAGCUCUUUGGGCGCUUUCCAGGGCAACUUGGGAGGAUCGGCAACUACGAGCAGUGCGCUUUCCUUACGAAGGGCAUAGGUCAGUUCAAACCUGUGGGUGCGGCCAACCCCGCUAUCGGUGAAGUUGGCCAGUUGGAGCACAUAGAGGAACACCGCGUAGAAAUCAGCGUUCGGGAUAGUGCCAACGACCAUCAGGGCAUAAAAGACAUCAUAAGCGAGCUCAAGAAGGUUCAUCCAUACGAGGAGGUCGCGUACGAUGUAUACCAGUUGAUGGACUUCUGA